GAUCGAGGAGGACUUAAGAAAGAGCAGAGAGGAAAGGAUAUCAGAAAGAAGAAGAAGAAGAAGAAGAAGAAGAAGAAGAAGAAGAAGGAAAUAGAAUUGACGAUGGAAAUCGUGGGAUGAAUGCGCAUUCAUCGACACCCACGACAUCACCACCAGCAACACCAUCAUCAUCAGCUCGAGAUAUCAACUCUUAAACACACACACAGACAAUGGCGGGAUCAGUUCCAGACAUCCCCGGCGUGCGUGCGCCUGCACGGUACGCGGAAGGACUGAGACAGGACGUCGCGCGUCUGCUGCGACGGCAUAAUACCUCGUUUCCCGGCGCGCAGCCCGUGUCGUUUCUCAAGCGGCAUAUUGCUGAGAACCUCGAGCGGGAAGAUUACUUUGUGUGCGAAAAGUCAGACGGCAUUCGAUGCCUGAUGUACCUGACGCGCGAAGGCGACGCCGAGGCAACGUACCUGAUUGACCGGAAAAACAACUACUACUACGUGCAAGGCCUGCACUUCCCACUACAAGACGAUUUCCAGAAAUUCCACGUCGACUGCAUCGUCGACGGCGAGCUCGUGCUCGACCACGAAGACGACGGGCGCGAGGUGCUGCGCUACCUUGUCUUUGACUCGCUCGUUAUCGACGGCAAGCUGAUGACGGAGCGCACGCUCGACAAGCGGCUCGGGUACUUCCGCGAGCUCGUCUACAAGCCGUAUGAUAACCUCUGCAAGCAGUUCCCGGACGAGGUCCAGUUCUUCCCGUUCCUGAUCGACUUCAAAGACAUGGAGUUUUCGUACGCGCUGCCAAAGCUCUGGAACGACGUCAUCCCUCGGCUCAAGCACGGCACCGACGGCCUGAUCUUCACCUCCCGACUGACUCCCUACGUCUUUGGCACGGACGAAAAGAUCCUCAAAUGGAAGCCCGCGGAGGAAAACAGCAUCGACUUUCGUCUGACCCUCCACUUCCCGACCUACACAGACCCAGACGACCCCUCGAUCUCCUACCCAGACUACGACUCGCAGCCAACCACGAUGCUCUCCGUCUACGUCGAAUCCAACGUCUACAAACCCUACGGCGAGCUCUACCUCACCCCAUCCGAAUGGCAAACCCUCAAAUCCCUAAACGAGCCCCUGGACGAGCGCAUCGUCGAGUGCGUGCACGACAAGACCCUCAAUUCAUGGCGCUACCUCCGCUUCCGCGACGACAAGCUCACGCCGAACCAUAUCUCGAUCGUCGAGAAAAUCGAGAUGAGCGUGCGGGACGGGGUCACAAAGGAAGAGCUGCUGAACGCAAACACGCGAAUUCGCGAGGCGUGGAAGAAACGCAUCGCGCAUGAGAAAGAGCGCGGGAGGGGUCCGCCUCCUCCUCCUUCUUCUUCUUCUUCUCACCAAAGAGACAGAAAGUCAUUAGAUGACGACGUGCGGAGGACGCGGGAUCGUGAGCGCGAAAGCAGGGAAGCGGGGGCGGCGGAUGAGGGUCAUGAUCUUGGUCGGACGGGCGAAAAGCGGAAAGCAAACGACUAAUCUUUUCUUC